AUGUAUCGGGUUUGUCCAGUAACGAGCUUACAGGUGUUCGAGCGCGUCGAACACGAUGAGCACGACGACAUCACCUACGCACCCGAAAUACAGUCUGUCGAGAUACCGCCCGAUCAGAUGAGUGAGAACAGCGACAAUUAUCAAGAAUCCUUUGAUCGCGCCGCUGCAGAAGGAGUUUUAGACUCAGCUAAGGCGCAAACUCUCAAGCCUGUUCCUGCUCAAAAACCAGCGGCGCAGGUAAGCUUAAGAUUUUAUUUUAUGGGACGCUACGCAAUCAGCCUAGCGAAAGGGAUCCCCAAUAUUUUUGUGCUGCAUAUGUUUCUGUAG